CAUAAUAAAUGUAAAAUAAUUAAUAUAAUAAUUCAUUGAUUAAGUCUUCACUCUAAUUAUAAAAAUAUUAAUCAUCGAUAACAAAUUAUACAUGGAUUACUUAACAAUAAAACAUCAAAGUUCUAGAUAUAAUUUAUUUUUAACGCUAAAAAAGUGAAUGCCUUUCACAAAGUUGACGCUAUUUUAUUAAGAUGUCAUAUAAGACUAUAAACUCAUUUAUUUUUUAAUUAUAAAUACAUAACUUGUAAUAAUAAAAAUGGCAUUAUUAGCAAUAAGUUUGUUUGUUAUUAAAUGAACGAUAAAUCAUUAAAUUAUGCCUCGCAAAGAAAAAACAAAUGCAAAAACAUGGGAACGCGACAGAAGAAAUCGUAUGAAUUUAUACUUCAAAACACUAGGAGAUCUAUUGCCGCCAAGUCAAGACGGAAAAAACCGCAACAAGGUCGAUAUAUUAAUUCAGGCGUCAAAAUACAUAAAAGACUUGACAAAUCGUACAGAAGAAUUGUUUAAUACUAAUGCAGUAGAUGCUCACAAGGAGGAAUUGAUUCGCUUAAAAAAAUUAGUCACGCAACUUUAUUCACGUACACAAUUAUUAUCAGCGUUAUUGAAAGAUGCUGGUAUAACUGUUCCGGCAGAACCCGCGUUGGAAAAAAUUUCUCCGCUGAAAUGGUCUAAUAAAAUAAACGUCGAGGAUGCUGAAAAGUAUUUAGAUCGGUUUAAAGAACGAAAGAAACCUAAGAAGCGGAGAAAUUCAACUGGUUUAAAAAUACCUUUGAAUAAGAAAAUUAAGGCUGGUGUAAUCGAUGUAUCCCCGCAUAAAAAUAACAACAAUAAUAGUAAAGAUAUUUCGGAAAUAAUUGGUCCAGUUGAAGAUCAAGAGAAUCAUGUUGGAAGCAAUAUUGAUGAUAAAAAUGGAGAAGAUAAAAAUAAUGAAUCGACGACUAAAAUUUCAGAUGUACGGAAUAACUCUGAUCCAGAUUCCAGUGAACCAGCAAUAGAAUCAUUAGCUGGUCCCAAGUCGAGUACUGGAAUCCGAAAACUAGAAUCACGCAAAAAGUUAAAAAGAAAAACCUCAAUCUCCAAGGAUAAUCCAUCUAAAAAAUCACCAAAAACUGCUCAAAAAUCACCAGCAUCGAAAUCAUCAUCGAUAGCAUUAUCAUCAACAUCCACGUCUCAAAAUUCAUCAAUAACAAAUUUAGUGUCAGGAACAUUAAUACUAUCUAACGGAAAAUUGAUGCCACUUAUAACACCACUGGCAUCAACAAAUAUUCUUGUAAAUGCAAAUACGUCGAAUCAACAGCCAUCAAACCAACAACAACCACAGUUAAUUAUCAGUAGUAACCAAACACCAACAAGUCCAAUGAUUUUUAUGCAAUCAGUUGACUGCAAUAAUAUUAAAAAUGUAUCCGUCCAAAAUCAAAAUGUCAUCAACGCCGUACAAAAAGUAACAUUGAAUACUAUCCCAAGUAUACGAACCAACGUAGCGAUUAAUUCCCACGACUGGGUGUCAAAUGUUAAGACAAUUAUUGAAGCGACUAAAAUCGGUGGACGCAAAGGUAUCCUACCAAAAGGUAAAGAAAUAACUAAAACUACUAUGGCUUACAAAGUUCCUAUUCCCGUGGUUCGUCGUGAUAUUAAAACAAACUCUGGUAAGUCUGUUUCAGACAAUAAAAGUGGAAGCAAAAAUAAAAAAUCAAAAGGAGCUAAAAGUAAGAAAACUGAUAAAGCUAAGAGUUCGACUAAGUCAACGAAAGAAAAAUCAACUGAUGUUCCUAGUAAAGAAGAUAAAUUAUCUAUUGACAAUAAAGUGAGUACAAGUAUGGAAAUUAAAAAAUUACCGGAAACUUGUGAGUCAAUUGGUAGUCUGCGUAAUGUUGUUGAGAAAAUUGGUGAAGUUAGUCGUGAAAAUUCAAAGAUUAAUGAGCCUGGAAAUUCAAAUGUGAGUGUAAAUGAAAAUGAAAUUUCUGGAGUAGGAGGUUUGAAUCCAGAAACAACUGAAGCAAAUGAUUCGAGUGAUAAAAAUGUAAUAAAAACAUUUGAUUUAACACCAGAAAUAGAUUGUGUAAAUAAAAAUCAACCUACCGAAAAAAUAACUUCAGUUGUAGCAGAAUCAACGUCAGCUGUUGAAUUAACAACAGAGUCAUUGACAAUUGAAAAAGUAAUUGAAGCGGACAUUAACAAAGCAACAAAAGUUAAAGAAGUAUGUGAUUUAAAUACAAGGUUUAAUUUGCUAAACGAAUCAUCAGACAAUUCAACAAUAGAUUCAACGAAGAUAAUAUUGAACCUAGAUACGAAUACAACAACGACAAUGAAGCCUGAAACAGGCAACAAAGCAUCUUCUUCAGCGAGCGCUAUUACUGAUUCCGUAAUUGCUCCUACGUCGGAAAUAAAAGAAGACAAAUUGAUAAAAGAACCUAAAACGCUUUACAGCAAUGAAAAUAGUUUUGUUCCGAUAAGUAAUCGCGACUUGCAUUCAGACUUAUCCAACGAUUUGUUCGCUUCACUUCAAGUGCCCUCGAAUUCUCAUAACCCGGAAUCAAUAUCGCCGACCGCAGCUUUCUUGAUGGCUUUCCCAUUAGUAUCUUCUCUGAACGGUAAGACUGAGGUACUUGAAGAAGAUAUGAAAGAAGAUUUGAAAUACCAUAGUCAAACUCCACCGAUGCUGCUGCAAAUUGGCACGAUAGAACCCAAUAGUUUCAAAGUUAAAUCCGAUGAUAUCAAGAAUAGUGAUAAUAAGAUUCAGAAGCAUGGAGAAGAAGCCAAGUCUGAAGAUAAUUGUUCAAAAUCAUUGCCGAAAAUAGUUAAUAGUGAAACUUUUAAGGAUAAGUUGUAUCGUAUUGUUCCUUAUUCGAAACCUGUGGCAACCAGUGUCAGUAGUUUGACUAAUUCGUCAACAACUUCAGUUAGUUCGACUGCUGGUGUCACUGAUGUAACUUCAAAUCUCAAUUCAAGAACAAAUUUAAAUAACUGUGAUAUUGAUAGUAGUAAAAAAAUAAACGAGAAAUCUAACACUGGGUUGUCGAAAUUUGACAAUAAUGUUAGCACUAGUUCUAAUAAUAAUAGUAAUAAUAAUAAUAAUGAUACUUCUAUUACUACUAGUAAUAAUAAUAAUAGUAAUAAUAAUGAUAGAAAUGCUAAUAAUUUGAUUAUCAGCUCAAUAACUGAUAAUGCAAAAUUACCGAAAUACAAUAAUCCAACUCGUUAUCAAACAACAUUAUUAAAUGAUUAUACAUCAAACUACACAAAUUUUACUGGCACCAAUACGGAAGAUAAUCAACAAAUGCUUCCAAUAGAUAACUCACGAGUUUACCCUACCAAUAAUGAUAGCAUCAACGUACCUUAUCAAUAUUCUUCCCAGGAUCAACGCGUUUACGUUGAAAAUCACGAGUCUUCAAACUAUGCUGCUCAAAAAGAAACAGUGUUUCAUGACCAGUUGACACGCUCUUAUACUGCUAACUUGAAUAAAAAUUCUAAUUCAACUGUUACUGAUUAUCAGAAUUAUCUGAUCAACAAAGAGUCACGGAAUGAAUUACCAACUCAAACUCAGAACCAAGGUCAAACUUUGGAUUCUAAUUAUAUUAGCCCGAACAAACAAACUCCAACGAAAGCUGACUCCGUUAAAAUUCCUCCACAGUUUAGACUUUCUGGGGAUAAAAUUUCAACAGAACAUUUUGGCGCUUCAACGUUGAAAAUUUCUGAAAAUGAACACUAUGAUAAAAUAACGGAAAAUUACAGCGGGAAUUACAUUCCUUAUACGCGUGAUGAUAAGAAGAUUUUUGAUGAUAAUUUACAUAAUAAUACUAAUAAUAACAAUAAUAAUAAAUGUCAUGGACAAAUUCCUACCCUACCUCAUUAUUCGCAUCAGGUGCCACCGCAAAUGCAACAAAAGCAACCUCAACAAAGUGUUGCAAAUAAUGUUAAAUCUUCAGCACAAAAUUUAUCAAACUUUAGUGUCCUUUCUUGGACAACUAUUUCACCGAAUAACAGCAAUAAUAAUAAUAAUAAUAAUAAUAAUACAAAUACUAGUUCUACUAAUAAUAAUACUAAUAAUAAUAACAGCAAUAGUGGAAACAAUACUGCUGUUAAUAACAAUAGUACCAACGGCAAUAGUACUAAUAAUAAACCAACAAAAAGUAAAAAUACUUCCAACAAUUUGGUAAGAUUUGAAAACCCUGAACAAAAUACGAAUGAGAAUAAAACCAUUUGCGAGAAUUUCAACUACUCUUCAUUGCACAAAAAUCCGGGUUUCAACAACACUUUAGGACAAUCAUUUUCUGCUGACUUAUCUCCGAGCGGAGUGGAGAAGAAAACCAAAUUAACAACUGCCACACCAACUGAUAAAACAAAAUCAGUUGGACCAACGACACAAAAAUCUCGAAACCAAAACCAAAGUUUAAUAGACGACUACAGUAGUAACAAAAUAAAUUCAAAGAAGUUCCCUAUGGACACUAAUUACACCCAAGAGUUCACAUUAGAUCAACAGCAACGACACACUACCAAGACUCAUCAGGUUACAUCAAAAACAGAUAACAAAAGUUACAAUACUUACGAUACGACAAUUAAUUUUGAUGUUCCUGAGUCUGUAAAUUCCUCCAAAUGUUCCACAGACAUUUAUUCCGGGAAUAUCAAAUACCAACCAAUUUUACAUGACCCGUAUGCUUCGAAGCAGCCGCAGCAACAGUCACAGCCGCAGCAACAGCAACAGCAGCAACAACAAUUAAAGUCAAAACCAGUGCAGCAACAGCAACAAGCAGUCCGACCGCCAGUUAACUGGAUGAUGCCAUCAGAAAUAAAACACAACACAAACAUGCCUGAUAUUAUCCUACCGCCGAUCGGAAAAGAAUUGGAAUUCUGCCAGAACAACAUCUUCAGCCAGCCUCCGAGUUACAAUCAGCCAGCAGCCACCUCUACCCAGUUUUACAAUAAUUAUGACGUAGCAGUUAGCGCCGCUAGUUUUCCCAAUGUUUCGACUCUUCAAACUGAUUCACGGAGACUAACAGAUUCAACGACUUACUACCCAGACGAUCAACACUUCUCCUGGUCGCCAACAAAGAACCCUCAGAACACAGAUCACUCCCAAGUUAUAAAAUCCAUCGAACAACAGCAACAUCAGCAGCAGCAAGUGGUACCAUCGACAUUGCCAACGCUAGUAGGGGAUCUAGCUCUUGGAACAGUCACUGAGAAAUCAUCCAGUUUCAUGUUUGGACAGCGAAAUGAUGUACCGCAAACUAAAGCGGUGAAAGACAAAGAUUUCGCGGUUAUGAAUGAGCAGAAUGUCCAGCACCCUGUUCAGGGCGGGUCUUUCUUGUCUGUGAGUCAGUUAGUGGAGCAUGAAAAGGCUGAAAAGCAUCAGCAGAGUCAUUCGCAUGGUCAUUCACUUCAUCAGCAACACCAGCAACAGCCACAGCGCAAGCAUCAGCGGAAAAGCAACACCAGUCCGCGUACAACUGGCAGAAGGCAAAUGGAAAUGAGGAAGACUGAUCAAUUGCAGCAGCAGCAGCAGCAGCAGCAGCAUGAUCAGAAAGUUUCUCACGGAUUUGCUGGUAGUUCUGACGCUUACCAGCAGCAAAAGUACCAGCAACAGGACGGAUUAUGGAGGAAUCGCAAUUGCAAGAGUAAUUAUACUGCGGAAGCGUUGAUUGGUGUCAAUACUUCUUCUAGCAUUCAAGACAAUAAUCACCCGGACAAGCAACUUCACGCGAUUAAAUUCUCUACGGAUUACUCCCAGAAUAAGUUUCCAAGUGGUUUGUCUGCAGAUAUGGUCAUGCCGCCAAUAAAUUACCUGGCGAAUCCAGAUGACGGCAAUGGCUACGGCCAGGUGAUGAAUCAGAAUUUCAAUCAUACGUCUUAUACUUAUUCACCGAAUGCAAAUAUUUAUCCACCGACUAAUUUUAUCGCUGGAAUAUCAGCUGGAAAUACUCCAAGUAGUUACAUGAUGCCACUGCAUGACAACCCUGCGGAUUAUCUUGAGGCGAAUUCGUUCUUGUUGUCUAAUGUUACGAGCAAUGUUGGUAAUCCUCCGAAAUCGACGGUCGAUAUGCCGACCAGUGUUACGGUUUCGACGACCCGAGUCUCAGCUUCAACUACCACUACCAAUGGGAAAAAUACUCACUAUGGUAAUGGAGGAAAGCAUCAUCAAAAUUGUGAUACUAAGCGGAAUUAUGCCAGUGUCAGCAAGAAAAGCAAAAAGAAAUCGGAUCCUAUGCACAUGGACUUUUCUGUUCCGGGUGUUACUGUGGAGGAUUAUCCUCACCACCAUCAUCAUCAUCACCACCACCAUCAUCACGGACACUCGAGUACUUUCUUACCACCGCCACCACCUCCUCCAACUCAUACGAAUUCGCUGUACCAAAAUCCUCCGCAUGCUAUGGGGAUGGGACUGACGAGCAAUUCUAAUAGAAGUCGAAGCAUGGGAAGCAAUUCUGUGGCUAUGACACAUCAUCCGUCGGGAACUAGUCUUACUAAUUUUAAUUUGAGUACAAUAUUUCCAGAAAUUAAUGAUAAGUUACCUGGUUAUAAGCCACCGAAUAUUCCGCCCGGACUGUCACAAUCCAGCAAUCAUUCUACAACGAGUUAUCCGCAAAGAAUUAAUUACUCGUCUAAUAAUAGUCUGUCACAUACCGCAGGUCUCUGAAGCAACACAAUUUACAAGUGAUUUGCCAGCUCCACCGCCGACCUCACCUCAUUAUAAAACAACUUGACGAAUUGUGAAUUGAAUUGAUUAAUCAUUAUGAUUAAAAAUUUGUAUUAUAGUUAUAAAUUAAUAUAUAAAUUAGCUUUAUGAAUAAUAAUGCAUCUUGUUAAAUAUAUUAUGUGUAAAUAAGUUUCGUAAUUUAAUUUAAAAGAAUAAAUUUAUUGUAUAAAAUUAUAUUGAUCUAGUCAACAGUAUCUUGUAGGUAAAAUAAUGAUCGACGGCUGUACUACAAAAAUGUGAAGCAAGAUUUAAUACAAUUAGAUUAUUAAAAAGUAAAUAUUUAAAUAUUAUGAAACUUUUUCGAAUUUCAUAAAUUGCAUCUUAAUAGAUCAAUUUGUUUAAA